AUGACCACCAAAACCAUUGCAGUCGUCGGUGCUACUGGCACUCAAGGAGGUUCAGUAGCAAGAAUGUUCUUAAGCCUCCCCAACUGGCAUGUCCGCGCCCUCACCCGUCGUUCAACAUCUCCCAAAGCCCAAGCUCUCAAAGACCUGGGAGCAGAGAUCGUGGAAGCCGACAUGGACGAUGCCGAAUCUUUGGUCAAAGCUUUUAACGGCGUCUAUGCCAUUUUUGUGAACACCGACUUCUGGAUUCCUUACAUGGGCGCUCUCUCCAGUGGGAAAGAUCAGGCUACCAGCCAACAGAUUGGCUACGAUACCGAGGAUCGGCAUGUCAAGAACGCUGCUUAUGCUGCGUCCAAGACCGACACUCUCGAGAGAUACAUCUACUCUGCUCUCGGACCUAUGAAAGAGGUCUCAAAGGGCAAGUACUCUCACUGUCAUCAUUGGGAGACCAAGUCGGCCGCCGUCAAGUACAUUGAACAAGACAUGCCUGGACUCGCCAAGAAGACGUCGUACAUUUACCUUGGAGCUUAUGCUUCCAACGCCUUCCUGUACCCAAAGAAAGACUCCAAGACGGGCGGAUACGUUCUCGAUCUUCCCGCUUCCAAGGAUCUGCGAAUGCCUAUCAUCGACACCACCAACUCCACAGGCCCCUUCGUCCAAGCCCUGGUUGAAAGCGAGCCCGCCAGAACAAAGCUCUUGGCGUAUAAUAGCUAUCUGACGAUGAGCGAGGCAGUUGACUUUUGGAGCAAGGUUACAGGGAAGAAGGCCACCAUACGCAGUAUGACCGAGGAAGAGAUGCAUCAAAAAUCAGGUUUGCCUUAUGAGGUUCUGGAUGGACCUGCUUACUUGGACGAAUUUGGAUACACCGAGGGGAUUGAAGGAGUCAUCACACCUGAGCAGUUGAAGAAGCCUGUCAAGACGGACAGCUUUGAGGACUAUUUAAGGAAGCAGGAUCCUGAAGCUCUUCUGUCGUUUAAGUAUGGGCUUUUUGAGGCUCCGCCGACAAAGUAG